GCGCCCCCCGCCCGCCCGGCGCAUUUGGCGGCCGCCGCCGCGGAGCAGCGCGCGGGGGGGGAUGAUGGAUCCGCGGCUGCGGCUGCUGACGCCCCGCGCCCGCCUGCCCGCCCUCAAUGGAGGAGGACGUUGAGACCCGCAAGAUCAACAGCAGCUUCCUGCGCGACCACAGCUAUGCGACCGAGGCCGACAUCAUCUCCACGGUAGAGUUCAACCACACGGGAGAGCUGCUGGCCACAGGCGACAAGGGCGGCCGCGUGGUGAUAUUCCAGCGGGAGCAGGAGAGCAAGCAGCAGCCGCAGCGGCGCGGCGAGUACAAUGUCUACAGCACCUUCCAGAGCCACGAGCCUGAGUUCGAUUACCUGAARAGCCUGGAGAUCGAGGAGAAGAUCAACAAGAUCCGAUGGCUGCCGCAGCACAACGCCGCCUACUUCCUGCUCUCCACCAACGAUAAGACGGUGAAGCUGUGGAAGGUGAGCGAGCGGGACAAGCGCCCCGAGGGCUACAACCUCAAGGAUGAGGACGGGCGUCUGCGGGACCCCUCCAUGAUCACGACGCUGCGGGUGCCCGUGCUGCGGCCCAUGGACCUGAUGGUGGAGGCCACCCCACGGCGGGUGUUCGCCAAUGCCCACACCUACCACAUCAACUCCAUCUCCGUCAACAGUGACUACGAGACCUACAUGUCAGCCGACGACCUGCGCAUCAAUCUGUGGAACUUCGAGAUCACCAACCAAAGCUUCAACAUCGUGGACAUCAAGCCGGCCAACAUGGAGGAGCUGACGGAGGUGAUCACGGCGGCCGAGUUCCACCCGCACCACUGCAACGCCUUCGUCUACAGCAGCAGCAAGGGCACCAUCCGCCUGUGCGACAUGCGCGCGGCGGCGCUCUGCGACCGGCACGCCAAGUUUUUUGAGGAGCCCGAGGAUCCAAGCAACCGCUCCUUCUUCUCCGAGAUCAUCUCCUCCAUCUCCGACGUGAAGUUCAGCCACAGCGGCAGGUACAUCAUGACCCGGGACUACCUCACGGUCAAGGUGUGGGACCUGAACAUGGAGAACCGGCCCAUGGAGACCUACCAGGUCCACGACUACCUGCGCAGCAAGCUGUGCUCGCUCUACGAGAACGACUGCAUCUUCGACAAGUUCGAGUGCGUGUGGAACGGCUCCGACAGCGUCAUCAUGACUGGCUCCUACAACAACUUCUUCCGCAUGUUCGACCGCAACACCAAGCGCGACGURACGCUGGAGGCCUCGCGGGAGAACAGCAAGCCCCGCGCCGUCCUCAAGCCCCGCAAGGUCUGCGUCGGCGGCAAGCGGCGGAAGGACGAGAUCAGUGUGGACAGUCUGGACUUUAGCAAAAAGAUCCUGCACACGGCGUGGCACCCCUCGGAGAACAUCAUCGCCGUGGCGGCCACCAACAACCUGUACAUAUUCCAGGACAAAGUCAACUAGGAGGAGCCGAGUCUCAUGUACUGAAUACUAGUAAACACGAGGUUUCAAACGGUU